AUGGCUGCCGGCAAUCACGCCGACGGCAAUUACGACCUCGACUCGAACGACCCUUCAGAUACGGCCCUGGAUUGGGAGGACAAAAGUCCUACUGGAGCCGCCUUUGCCUCUGCGCAUCCUCCAGCACCAAGGCCACGCUUGCCAUACUUCAGACGACCAUCUGGACCUCCAUCACAGCCACGUUUAGAUUCGUCUUCGCCUCCAACGCCUGACCGUCCCCGUUCCCUUCUAUCCUCGCCUCCAAAAGUGGUGAUCGCGGCCAGGAAUCCAACUGGCGGGAUCCGUGGGAAGCUGAGCUGUAUUCUCAAUGCUUUGAGUAGCGCGUUAGGGCUCGGAAGGAACGGGGAUGGGGCUAGGGCAAGAGAUAGUGCUAGUGUCGCUGCAGAUUCCAAUUCGGCUCUUAUCGCAGCCGAGGAAGCUGAGGCUGAAGUUGAGACUGCUGAUGCAAAUAAUAAUGGAGAGAGUGAUGAAGGAAAAGACGAGAAUCCAGAGGGAAACGAUAAUGAAGGGGAGCGGGAAGAGGAGUACACAGUCAGCGACGAAGCUGGAGAGCAGAGGGAGACAGAGAACCUGGGCACGCAGUCAACGGGCACUGCCUGGAAUUUUGCAGCCCCAGGAAUGGGAUAUUACACGGAGAGCGAGGUAGCAGAAGAAUUGGAAGUUGACGAGACUGGAAUAGAAAGAGGAACAGAAGAUGACGAAGACGAAGCGGGUGAGGCGGGAGAGAAGCGAGCCUCUGCCGAGUCGAAUACGGACGGUCAGCUGCCAAAAACCACAACUUCCCAUUUCUACAGUCUAGACAUCCCACUCCUGGAAAUUGAGGACGGCGAGGUCCCAAUUGCAAGCCCUUCACUUGCGAACCCCAAAUCUAGCUGGUUAUCGUCUGAUGGUGGACUUCGAUCUGCAGGUGUGGGCCUUCCCAGUCCAAGCGGAUCUGUUGCUAACUGCAGGUGGUCAGCGACAUUGCCAGUAUACACCUCAAACCCGCCAAAGCAAACAAAACAUGAAGAGUACCAACCUUUGGCAGACGCUGCUUCUUCGGAUUGUGCGCCAAUUUCACUAUCGAACGGUCUGGACCAACCGCUUGUAGUGCCGCGAGAUGAUGAAGACGGGGGAGCAGAUGAAGAUCGAGGAGGACAAGAAGAGCAAGAAGAAAAGGUGGGGGACCGACAUAUAAGGACAGCGGGAGUUAAUGGACCACCAGAGUUCAACAUGCUGAACUCCAGGAUCCCAAACGCCUUUGAUAGAUUUCUUAUAGAAGCCCCGGGGCCGUCAAUUAUGCCGCUGCCGACUGUUUAUGGUCUAUCUAGGCCUCUACAGGACCAGGCUCUACAAGUCUGGGGAGAUGAAAACGAACAGCCGCUCAGCGCUCAAGGAAACGACACAGCAUUACUGUUUCACGACGCAGACCGGCUGAUUCCGUCUAUCGAGGUCGACCACGACCAUGACCACGACCGCCCUAAUAGCUCUGACGGGUUACGCUCAGAUAGCGCUACGGCCAGAGCCAGCGGUCCAACAAAACCAUCCGGCCGUCGUCCGGGGACAAAACGCUAUAACGGCAGCCGUAGCAAUAAGGGAGAUAUCGCCUGGGGCAAAGCCAAUAGGGGGUCAUACAGCAUCCAGGAACCUACCACCGAGGAUACUGAGGAGGAUGUUGGGGAAGAACGUGAGAAACGACAAGACGGAGUUACGACUGAUCGUCUGGAGGGUGGUCCUGGUGGUAUACUUGGAGAGGGUUAUCCUGAGGGCGGUAGUUCUGCUGGUGGCGGCCCUGAUAACUCCCUUGGAUAUUCCCAGGAGAGAGAUAAUGAUCGGGACAGAUUCCCGGAAAUGUCUCCAGACCCUCCGACUCCGGUAGAGUAUCCUGAGAGUCCGGUAGUUCUGGAUUUUAGAGGUCAAACUCCAGAGGUUUCUCCUGAUCCUCCAACUCCGAGAGAGGAUCUCGAAAUACCGAUUUCCCGAGAAUUAACAGUAUCUCCUGAUCCACCGACUCCGGUAGAGUUUCCUGAAACUCCAAUUCUUCUAGCAUUCGGGAAUCAUACUCCUGAAGUGUCUCCUGACCCUCCAACCCCUAAAGAGGAUCCUGAACUACCGGUUCCUGGAAAUUCAACGAUCUCUCCUGAUCCUUCAACCCCGUUAGACUCUGCUGAGAGUCGCCCUACAGCUGUAGCUUCGACAUCUCGUUGGUCAAUUGCCCCUCCACCCCCUCCAACUCCGUCUCGGCCGGCGGUUACCCGACCUAGGAGUCGUAUAGCUUAUGGUAAAUUUGGGAACCUGACAGUUCCCGAUGCGUCUUUAUCUAACUCUGGACCCAGAGCAUCUAAGCGUCGGAGGAAAAGAGGUCAAGUGGAGGACGGGGAGUAUGUGAAUGAGGCAGGAGAGGAAGAUGACUUCAGCGACGAUGACAGGAAUAAUUACGGCGGCGGUUAUGAUGCCCAAAAAAGGCCCUCAAGAGGCUCAGGCGGCAGGAAACGCAAGUCUCCUUCUUCGUCCAAUGCUCUAACUGCACAAAAAAGGGUGCUUAGGAACCGCACUAUUGGUUUCUCAAAUACAGAGGUAGGCGCACCUGGAUUGGGUGAAAAGAGAGCAGCAAGUCCAUCAGAUGCUGGAACGAAUGCAAAGAGGGCAAAACCAGGCACUCCAGCUGCGUCUGGUUUCAACAGAUAUGCUUCAACUUCCUUAGUGGAGAACAGCGUCCCUUCCAGGAAGUGCUCAGUAUAUGUGCUCGGAGAAAACGGAAACGGCCAGCUCGGUAUGGGCAAUGGUACUCCGGUUCAGUACAAGCAGCCUACCAAGAACACACAGCUACCGGAUGUGGUACAGGUAGCGGCUGGUGGCGAGCACUGCAUUGCUCUCACUCACGACAACAAAAUCUACACCUGGGGAGAUAAUAGCCAUGGCCAGCUGGGAAGGCUUACGAACUCCAUGACAGCUCAGAUGCCAGGGGAGGUGGAUUUUAGUGAAGUCAAUUUACCCGAUUACACAAUAUUUGCACAGGUCGUUGCAACAAGGAGCGCAUGUUUCGUCCUUACGAUGUUCGGUGAUGUUUAUGGCUGGGGAACUUUCUCGGAGAUUUACGAGGAUGAGAACGGCGAACAACAUUGUGAGCCACUCGGCUUCCGCCAUCAGUGCAAAUGCCAACGCACCCCAUUGCAUAUACAGGAACUCCAGAAUGUCAAACGUCUCGCCGCGGGCUCUGAUCACGUUCUCGCCCAAAUCUCCAUACUUAUUGGCGGCAAUAGAGCUAGUAGCUCAGCGUCUAAAAUGAAAGGAUCGAGGGUCCGAAAACGCAAGGACACAAUAGCUGCUGAGGGCUCUUCCACUGGCAGCGCCACCAAAGUCAGAGACGUGGUCAGGUCCUGGGGUGCCUACAAAAGAGGCCAACUCGGGCGCACAGCUGCCAAUAUCGCCAACUGCCUCAACCCCCUCCUUUGUGACUUCCCUGGAAACAGCUCCCGCGCGCUGAAAAAUCCCGACAACGUAAGCACUAUCGGCUCAGGCAAAUUCCACUCCUUCGUGAUUAAGGAAAGCGGUGAUUUCCUUGCAUGGGGUUAUAACAAGUUCGCUCAGACGGCGUUCGUGCCCCCAGCAGCAUCUGUGCUGAGACGCGACUUAAAGGUCGACAAACCCAGUACUGUGGCUAGCCUAAGAGGGCAGCGAGUCCAUUUUCCCACCGGCGGCGUCGAUUUCAGUGUUGCUCUUACGGCCGGCGGGCAGUGUCUGAGCUGGGGAUCUUUUCAAGAUGGCGUACGAAGUAUUCCUGACACCGCUAUGUCUGAUGAACCCGACUUCAACAAAGUAGCUGGUCGUGAUGAAGGUACACAGAUACCGGCCAUCAUGAAAGUGCCAACGUUUGUCCCAGGCAUCAAUGCCCAUGAUAAAGGGAUCAAGAUGGUUUCUGCGGGUUGGACACAUACGAUUGCCGUUACUAACGGCGGGAAAGCGCUUGGUUGGGGGUCGAAUGAUCACUACGAAAUUCAUCCGGACGAGACUAAACACCCCAUCAAUGACCCGAUGGAGAUUCCAAUGGAGGGCCUCAGGGUUGUAGAGGCUGCCGCGGGACGCUUCUUCACAAUCCUGCUUGUUCAGUCUGAUUAG